GAGCCAGACGAUGCUUACAUCAUCAAGAGUAACCCCAUCGCGCUGAGGUGCAAAGCAAGGCCAGCCAUGCAGAUAUUCUUCAAGUGCAAUGGCGAGUGGGUCCAUCAGAAUGAGCAUGUCUCCGAGGAGAGUCUGGAUGAGAGUUCAGGCUUGAAGGUCCGGGAGGUGUUCAUCAACGUCACCAGGCAGCAGGUAGAGGAUUUCCAUGGGCCGGAGGACUACUGGUGCCAGUGCGUGGCCUGGAGCCACCUGGGGACCUCCAAAAGCAGGAAGGCCUCCGUGCGCAUAGCUUAUUUACGGAAAAACUUUGAACAAGAUCCACAGGGAAGGGAGGUUCCCAUUGAAGGCAUGAUAGUGCUGCAUUGCCGACCACCCGAGGGAGUCCCUGCGGCUGAGGUGGAGUGGCUGAAAAAUGAGGAGCCCAUCGACUCCGAGCAAGACGAGAACAUUGACACCAGGGCUGACCACAACCUCAUCAUCCGGCAGGCGAGGCUCUCGGACUCAGGCAAUUACACCUGCAUGGCAGCCAACAUCGUGGCCAAGAGGAGGAGCCUGUCAGCCACAGUGGUGGUUUAUGUGGAUGGGAGCUGGGAAGUGUGGAGCGAAUGGUCGGUCUGCAGCCCAGAGUGCGAGCAUUUGCGGAUUCGGGAGUGCACGGCCCCACCCCCAAGGAACGGGGGCAAGUUCUGUGAAGGGCUAAGCCAGGAAUCUGAAAACUGUACAGAUGGUCUCUGCAUUCUAGAUAAAAAACCUCUUCAUGAAAUAAAACCCCAAAGUGGCUUCCAGACCUUCAACUUCAAAACGGUCCGUCAAGGUAACUCCCUGCUUUUGAAUUCCUCCAUGCAACCAGACCUCACAGUCAGCCGAACAUACAGCGGGCCCAUCUGCCUCCAGGACCCUCUGGACAAGGAACUCAUGACAGAGUCCUCGCUCUUUAACCCUUUGUCCGACAUCAAAGUCAAAGUCCAGAGCUCAUUCAUGGUGUCGCUGGGUGUGUCUGAGAGAGCUGAAUACCACGGCAAGAAUCAUUCCGGGACUUUUCCCCAUGGAAACAACCGCAGCUUUAGUACGAUGCAUCCCAGAAAUAAAACACCCUACAUCCAGAAUCUGUCAUCGCUCCCCACAAGGACGGAACUGAGGACCACUGGUGUCUUUGGCCACUUAGGAGGACGAUUAGUCAUGCCAAAUACAGGAGUGAGUCUACUCAUACCACACGGCGCCAUCCCAGAAGAGAACUCUUGGGAGAUCUACAUGUCCAUCAACCAAGGUGAACCUAGCCUCCAGUCCGAUGGAUCCGAGGUGCUCCUGAGUCCUGAAGUCACCUGUGGCCCCCCAGACAUGAUCGUCACCACUCCCUUUGCACUGACCAUACCACACUGUGCGGACGUCAGUUCUGAGCACUGGAACAUCCAUUUAAAGAAGAGGACGCAGCAGGGCAAGUGGGAGGAAGUGAUGUCAGUGGAGGAUGAAUCCACAUCCUGCUAUUGCCUUCUGGACCCCUUUGCAUGUCACGUGCUGCUCGACAGCUUCGGGACCUACGCCCUCACCGGGGAACCGAUCACAGACUGUGCCGUGAAGCAGCUUAAGGUGGCGGUUUUUGGCUGCAUGUCCUGUAACUCUCUGGAUUACAACUUGAGAGUCUACUGUGUGGACAAUACCCCUUGGGCAUUUCAGGAAGUGGUUUCAGAUGAAAGACACCAAGGUGGACAGCUACUGGAAGAGCCAAAGUUGCUGCAUUUCAAGGGGAACACCUUCAGUCUUCAGAUCUCCGUCCUUGAUAUCCCCCCAUUCCUCUGGAGAAUUAAACCAUUCACCGCAUGCCAGGAAGUCCCAUUCUCCCGCGUGUGGUGCAGUAACAGGCAGCCCCUGCACUGUGCCUUCUCCCUGGAGCGCUACACGCCCACCACCACCCAGCUGUCCUGCAAAAUCUGCAUCCGGCAGCUCAAAGGCCAUGAACAGAUCCUCCAAGUGCAGACGUCCAUCCUGGAGAGUGAAAGAGAAACCAUCACUUUCUUUGCACAAGAGGACAGCACUUUCCCUGCACAGACCGGCCCCAAAGCCUUCAAAAUCCCAUACUCCAUCAGACAGCGGAUUUGUGCCACCUUCGAUACCCCCAAUGCCAAAGGCAAGGACUGGCAGAUGUUAGCACAGAAAAACAGCAUCAACAGGAAUUUAUCUUAUUUUGCUACACAAAGCAGUCCAUCUGCUGUCAUUUUGAACCUGUGGGAAGCUCGUCAUCAGCACGAUGGUGAUCUUGACUCCCUGGCCUGUGCCCUUGAAGAGAUUGGGAGGACACACACGAAACUCUCAAACAUUACAGAAACCCAGCUCGAUGAAGCCGACUUCAACUACAGCAGGCAAAAUGGACUCUAGUCCACGACCGCUCAUGAGACAGUGACGGCCAGCUUCGGGACAUUUGCUUUAAAUGGGAAAGAGGCAGCUUUCUGCCCGGUGGCAUUUGGAGAAUUCAGCCUUCAUUUAGAAUCAGUGCGAAUCCCUGGUUGAAAAAACUGAAUUUUAUAUAGGUAUAAUAUGUUCAUAGAGAAAAGUAUAAGCUCUCUUCAAUAUAAGAGGGCUUUACUGUCUCAUCUGAGUCCACUCGGGUUAACACUUGAUGAACUUUCUUAGCUUUGGAGUGGGGAGGAUAAAAGUGAGGGCGUAGCUAGAGGAAAGUAACUGCGGGGGAAAGACGAGCCACGAUAAAGCCAGGAAGGCAGACAUUGAAUCGUGCAUGUUUUGAAACAGGUUUUUAAUGAUGUGCCCCAAAGGGCCAGCUGAUUCUGCUAUCAGAUUGUCAGGGUUGUCUACCAACUGGCAUCCGUGAUGUCAGCAAUCAUUAUAAAACUGGCUUUGCGAAGUGAAACGGGGCUGCCAACCCAUUGUAGGACUUUGGUAACGUCAAGGAGGGCAUUUAGAAUCUAGACUCUGAGUCCAUCACACCAGCACCGAUUCCCUAUUUAUCUCAGCCACUUAAUGGAAACAAGAGGAGAAGGUAAGACAGACCAUGAACUAGUUCUUGCCACAUACACCACCUUCAUUUUCUUCUGGAGACCAAUCUAUCCACCUUCUUGCUUCCCCUUCCUUACCCGGUUUCAGAACAUAAUUAAACUCAAUAUGGACAGUUACUUCUAAUUCAACAAAACAGAACCCUCUAUUCCCAGCUUAGCCACUCAAAUUGCAGAGUGCUGUUAGAACGCAGCUCCACGUGGAUUUGGAGGGGGCUGGGGCAGUCAAAUUGAGCCCAGGGAAAGACAGGGUCUGCAGAUGCCACGGGCCUCAGAUAAGCUGUAAUUCUAGGAUAGAGGUAUUGACCCAGUCUCUAAACAUUGUUAUAAGGGGAUGAGGGCCUCUGCUCGACUUUUCAAUCCAGGCUCUUGAAACUUUCUAGCCUCUUGGUACUGCGUUUUCACAAAAUCUCUCCAUAGGGCUAUAGGGCAACGUCCUUUUGCCUCUUGGAAAAUGAACAGAUAGUCUUUGGUCUAAAUGAUAGGAGUAAAUAGAUGUGAGGGAUGGGUCUACCACAGUGUCCCAGAAACCACAUACAUUGUUCAGGAAGCUUUCGAGCUCUGAUUCCUCAGCCUCCCCAGGCAUGUUUUCUCUAUGGGACCAUGAACAUAGGACUGUUGCUCAAAGAUUCUUUUUAUUUUAUUUUUUUUAAAAAGCCAAUGAUAUUGUGGAAAAUUGAAGUCCACAGAGAAUUUGUGAACCCCAUCUUAACAUUUAAUCCAUCUUUUAUCCUGUUAAAUCACUUUUGACAAGAUGUCCUGGUAGACUAAAAGAGGCACAGAUUUGUUCCUGCUCAUCUUCUGGUGGAUGUUUUAAUUAGCUGUCCACAAUCAGGACAAGCAAGGCCAAGGACCUAGAUUAACUACAAGGCUGAUCAGAUACUUAAAAGUUGGCUACAUUAGAAUAAAGUACAGUCAGGGAAUGGGGGAGUAGGGGAACACUUGGCAAUGGGGAUAUGGUCAGUUAAAAACAACAAUGGUUUUGUAAGUCCUGUAGUUAAAAAAAAAAAAGGAAAGAAAGAAAGGAAAAAAAAAUGUAAAUCUCCACCAAAGUACAAAAGACCUAAAAAUAGGUAGAAUUCAUGAUACCAUGGAUAAGGCAUUAAGAACUCUUGAAUGUGUUAGCCAUUUUCUCUAACGUGUGGUAUAGAUGAUCCCCUAUAUUGGAUGGAAGACUUUGCUACACGAAAUUCAAAAGCACCUUGCUCUUCUCGGGAACCAAAGGCAUAUUAUAUAGAAUAAACAGAUCCUCUUAGAACUGCGAGCGUAUUUUCAAAAUACCAUCUCUAGAUCAAGAAAAGACCCUUCUGUUUACAUGCCCUACUUGUUUAUUCCUUCUGGGGAACAACAAAGAGAAGGCAUGAGAGGGCAAAUAUUCUGACACCCCUGCUAACAUUUCUGGAAAAGCAAGAAGUUGAAGUAGAUGGUCAGUCACCCAAAAAGGAUUUGCAUUGACUGUUUAAUAAUAACUUGUAGAAAACAUAUUGUUGAGCACUUUUGUCAGUUUCUAUCUUGGAGGAUUUUUGUUUUAAAACCAUCCUACCCUUUAUUCCUCUUCCCUUCUAAUUGGCCUUAUCAUUGCUUUAUAUAUUCUGUGAGUCCACACAGAUCCUUUUUAGAGCUGAUACGUUUUUUAUAUCUUAAAUGAAAAAUCUUAAUGUUUUCCCUAGAAUCUAGAUUUUAAGAUAAGCGAUUAUCAUCAAUCCCUCAAUGUCUAGAAUUUCCUCCCAUGGACUUUUUUUAAAAAAAUCUGGGUGUUUAUAAAUGCCUGUGACCAUCAUACCAUAUUGAAUAACAAAGGAAGCAAAUUAACAUGAAUCACUGCUGACUUCAGCUUAAGGUUCAAAUAUACCCUUCAGUCCAUUUUGCUCCCUCUUUUCAUUUCUCUUAUUUCUGCUGAAAUUCUACAUGGGAUUCCUACACAAAUGUAUGAAAUUCUGUGGCCAUUGUAUGUCCGGAUCAUACUUCACACUAGAAUUCCAAAGAGAACCCAUGUUGGUGAGAUGUACAGACACAGGGGGUGUAGGAGUGUCAGGGAGGAACGGAGAUUACAGAUCAGAGAGAAUUCACUGACAUCUGAACUUUCAGUUACUCGCUGUGACCUUGUUCUAUUUUAAUGUCUUCCCAUCAAAACACAAAUGCCCCUCUAGAAAGAGAUUUUUGCCCUAAUGUAAAAGGAACCAAGAUAUUAAAAGUGAGCUUUAAUAGUUGACAGGUUACUUCCUUUUUUUUUUUUUUACAAAAUAUCCCACUCAAUGCCAAAUCUUUCAGGCCUCAAAGGCAUUUCAGUCUAAUGGUCAUGCUUUAAACAGGGCUUCA